GCGUGCUCGAGGACACCCAUUCUCGAGGGAAAUCUUAGCUGCGCCGCUACCUGCGAGUUUCCGGGAGAUAAACCUGAUUUUCGAUGGAUCGAGCGACCCGUCGAGGCACGUGAGAGCAUUCGAAAACAUGUCCGUCUUACAUGGAUACUCAGAUCCGGUCAGCUGCAGGGCCUUCCUGUCGACCUUACGGGGAGGCGCGCUUGACUGGUUCCACCAAUUAGCUCCAGGUUCGAUCAGAGACUUUGAGGAUUUCGCAGGACAACUUACUAAUCAAUACUCAAGUGCGGUCGCCCAGGAGAAGACAUACCUUACGCUGAUGGCAAUGAAACAAGGCGAGAAAGAAUCCUUACGGAAAUAUGUUGCUCGAUAUAAUCAGGUGUGUCUACAGGUGCCCACGGCGGGUGACGAGGUGAAAGCAGGAGGAUUGAUUAGGAGUCUACAGCCAGGACCAUGUCGAACGUCUCUAGCAAAGACGCCUGCUCGAACUUACGAUGAGGUGCUCAAAAGAUGCAAGAAGUACAUUAACUUGGAAGAAACGGAAGCAGAAUUUGCCAAGCUCGAGGAUGUUGUGAAACCUGAGCAGAAGAAGGGAAAGAUGAGCUCGCCUAGGAGGGGAUCACCUAGGAAAAAUUCCCCAAGAGGAGGAUCUUUUAAGAGGCUGUCGCCCAGGAGAGAUGGGCGAAGAUCAUUCCGAGAGAAGCGAGAAGAUCGCUGGCAAGGGCGACCUCGACUACCAAAUGGCCAAAGAUAUAAUCAUUUUACUCCUAUCAACGCCCAGAUGGGUGAAGUCUUGGCGGCCAUAGAGGGGAAGUUGGAAAGCAAGGAAGUCACAUGGCCAGCGACAUGGUUCGAGGGACCGACCAAACCUAGGUCGAAUAAAUACUGCAGAUUCCAUAGGGAUUAUGGACAUAAUACAGAAGAUUGUAGGCACUUAAAAGACGAGAUCGAGCGUCUCAUACGGGCAGGGCACCUGAAAGAAUUUGUCAUUCGCGAUCGACCACGGGGUAAAGAAAGGAGAAGGUGCAUGGAAGAUUCUUUGGCGAGGAGUGAUAGGGACGAUGAUGGAGAAGACGAUGCUAGGAAAGAAAGAAGGAGACGACAAAACGAUGGUCGAGAGGAGCUGAGGGAGGAGGUGCCUGUGAAGAGGGGCACGAUCUACAUGAUCUCAGGAGGGCCAACGGAUGGGGAUUCAAAUAAUGCACGAAAGGGGCAUGUGCGGGCGGUGAAGCGUAAAAGAGAGGAGGUCGGGAUAACUGGUCGAAUGUCUGUGAUUAGCUUUCGAGCAGAAGAUGCGGAAGGAAUCUUGUUACCCCACAAUGACGCACUGGUCAUCACAGCCGAACCCGGAGAAGAGAUUAAGGAAAUUCAAAUGGUGCAGGGAUGCGAUGACCGAAAAUUCAGGAUUGGAAAAGAUUUGGGAGAGCCAAUCAGGUCGAAGCUGAUUAAUUUAAUAAGGGAAUUUGCGGACGUUUUCGCGUAUACAACAGAUAAACUAACAGGGAUCGAAGCCAGGGUGAUCGAGCAUAGACUUAAUAUUGAUCUCAGUGUAAGGCCGGUAAAGCAAAAGAGGAGACAUCAUGGUGCGGAAAUGGACAAAAUCAUCGAGCAGGAGGUCGACAAGCUGAUGAACGCCGGGCACAUUAAGAAGAUUCAGUUCCCUGAGUGGUUAUCUAACACGGUAAUGGUGUCCAAACCGGGAGAAAAGUGGAGGAUGUGCAUCGAUUUCCGUGAUCUAAACAAGGCUUGCCCGAAAGAUCUAUAUCCGCUGCCAAGGAUCGACCAGCUAAUAGACUCCACGGCGGGGUGCGAGUUGCUUAGCUUGAUUGACGCCUCGCAGGGGUAUCAUCAGAUCCCCUUGGCGAAAGAAGACUGGAAGAGAGUGAGCUUCAUAACAAGCAAAGGCACCUAUUGUUAUGUAGUCAUGUCGUUUGGAUUAAAGAAUGUUGGGGCCACUUACCAGCGGUUGGUCGACCAGAUUUUCAAAGACCAGUUGGGGAGGAAUAUGGAGGUGUACGUCGAUGACAUGCUGGUAAAGAGUAAGGUGGAGGUGGACCACGUGGACGACCUGAGGGAGACUUUCCAAACACUGAGGAGGUUCGGCAUGAAGCUCAACCCGGCUAAGUGCUCGUUUGGUGUAAAGGCAGGGAAGUUCUUGGGAUACAUGGUGACAAAGCGGGGCAUAGAGGUGAAUCCCGAGAAAGUAAGGGUUGUGAUCGAAAUGAAGCCACCGGCCAAUGUGAAGGAAGUCCAAAUACUAACUGGUCGGAUAGCAGGGCUAAGCCGAUUCAUUUCCAAGGUGGCUGAAAAGAGCAGCCCUCUGUUCAAGACCCUGAAGAAAAGCUCGAAGUUUCACUGGACGGAGGAAGCCCAGAAGGCCUUCGAGGAGCUGCAGGAGACGCUGGCUAAUUUUCCCUUACUGGCCAAGCCAAUUCAUGGAGAGGAACUUGUGCUCUACAUAUCGGUGGGAGAGAGUGCAGUAAGCUCAGUAUUAUUGCGAGAAGAUGGAGUGGCGCAAUUCCCAAUAUACUAUGUCAGUCGAGUAAUGCAAGGAGCAGAGUUGAGAUACUCGGAAAUUGAGAAGUGUGCAUUGGCGGUGGUCGUGACAGUCCGAAAGUUGAGGCCAUACUUCCUAAACCACAAGGUCAAGGUGCGCACAAACAUGCCAUUGGAGCAGACUUUAGGUCGACCAGCAGUAUCUGGCCGGCUAGUAAAGUGGGCGGUCGAGCUGAGCGAAUACUCUAUAAUAUAUGAACCGAGAAGGGCGAUCAAA